AUGGAUAUCUCCAAGCCAGUUGGUUCAGAAAUCACAUCUGUUGACUUUGGUGUUCUAUCGGACGCUGAGGUUCAAAAACUAUCGUCAAAGCAAAUCACAAAUCCAGUUGUAUUUGACAACUUGGGCCAUCCAGUUACUGGUGGUUUGUAUGAUUUGUCACUUGGUGCAUUCUUGAGAAAUGUGUGUACCACAUGUGGGUUAGAUGAAAAGUUUUGCCCAGGACACAUGGGUCACAUCGAGUUGCCAGUGCCUGUUUACAAUCCUAUGUUUUUCAACCAGUUGUACAUCUUUUUAAGAAGCUCCUGUUUAUAUUGCCACCACUUCAAGUUGAACCAUCUCGAGGUUCACUUGUUCAAAUGCAAGUUGCAGCUUAUACAGUAUGGGUUGUUGUUGGAGUGCAGUGAGUUGGAGAAUAUUGUUCUUCUUGGAAAGUCAGCUAAGGAGAUGAGCAAGGACGACGAAGAGGAAGAAGAUGGAGCAUCAGUUGAUGCAAAGACAAAGAAGGAGUUGAUGGAAAGACGAGAAAAGUUUGUCACCAAUGCAAUUUCUGCAGCUUUGAAAGAUGGAAGAGCCAACACUAAAGGGGUCAUCACUGCAUCUGUGGGAGAAGAAAGAAAAGCAACCAUUCAUGAAUUUUACCGCAGGUUGUUGAGCAGACCAAAAUGUAGCAACUGUGGAAUGUACUCUCCUAGUUUUAGAAAAGAUGGGUUUACCAAAGUUUUUGAAAACUCAUUAAACGACAAACAAGUAACCAAUAAUAGAGUUCGGGGUUUACAACGUCCUGACAUGAUCAAAAAGAAUGGAAGUAGCAAUUCUACUACCGCCAGUGAUAUCCCAAACAUCAAACAUAAAGGUGGAUCAAAGUACGUUUUGUCAUCAGAAGUCAGGAAUAUCAUAAGGGCUGUUUUCAAAAAGGAGCAACCUGUUUUGCAAAAAGUCUUUCAUUCAAGACCAUAUCAGCGUGAGUACAUCAGUGGCGACAUUUUCUUCAAACAGUCCAUCUUGGUACCCCCUACUAGAUUUAGGUUACCUUCCAAAUUGGGAGACGAGAUCCAUGAAAAUGCUCAAAAUGAAUUGUUGUCCAACAUUUUGAAAACAACUGUUUUGAUUGCCGAUUUGAAUAGUCAAAUUUCGCAAAUGUACGAAGCGAAAUUGAGUGGAGAGCAAAAGAAGAUUGCAUUUAACCGGUUGAUGAAUUCAUUUGUUACUUUACAAAAUGAUGUUAAUGCAUUUAUAGAUUCAACCAAGAACCAAAACGCGCCAGCUGGAAAAGUACCAAAUCCCGGUAUCAAACAAGCGUUGGAAAAGAAAGAAGGUUUAUUCAGAAAACACAUGAUGGGUAAGCGUGUCAAUUAUGCUGCUCGUUCCGUUAUUUCACCGGAUCCAAAUUUGGAAACUAAUGAAAUUGGUGUACCACCCGUGUUUGCUAAAAAAUUGACAUACCCAGAACCCGUGACUUCGCAUAACGCGGCGGAAUUGAGACAAGCUGUAAUCAACGGUCCCGAGAAAUGGCCUGGUGCAGUGCAAAUCCAAAAUGAAGACGGCUCACUAAUUUCAUUGAUUGGUAUGAGUUUAGAGCAGAGGAAAGCUUUGGCCAAUCAAUUAUUGACACCAACCGGAAGUAAUUCAUUUGUUGGCAAGAAAGUGUUUAGACACAUCAAAAACAAGGACGUGGUGAUUAUGAAUCGUCAACCUACAUUGCAUAAAGCCUCCAUGAUGGGACACAAGGUUAGGGUGUUGCCAGGUGAAAAGACAUUGCGAUUGCAUUAUGCCAACACUGGUGCUUACAAUGCUGAUUUUGACGGUGAUGAAAUGAAUAUGCAUUUUCCUCAAAACGAAAAUGCCAAGGCAGAGGCAUUGAACUUGGCAAAUACCGACAGUCAGUACUUAACACCCACCUCGGGUUCUCCAUUGAGAGGUUUGAUUCAAGACCACAUUUCUGCUGGUGUCUGGUUGACCAGUAAGGACACAUUUUUCACAAGGGAAACGUACCAACAAUUGAUCUACGGCUGUAUCAGACCAGAAGAUGGACACACAACUAGAUCGAGACUUAUCACUUUGCCUCCAACAAUUUAUAAACCCGAGUUUUUGUGGACGGGUAAGCAAGUAAUAACCACAAUCUUGUUGAACAUCAAACCUGACAAUGUGCCUGGUGUCAAUUUAAUUUCAAAGAACAAAAUCAAGAAUGACUAUUGGAGUGAGCACAGUACUGAAAAUGAAGUCAUCUUCAAAAAUGGUGAAUUAUUAAGUGGUAUCUUGGACAAAUCCCAAUAUGGUGCUUCUCAAUUUGGUAUUGUCCAUUCAUUGCACGAAGUUUACGGUCCUGCAGUUGCAGGAAAGGCAUUGAGUGUGUUGGGAAGAUUGUUUACUAAUUACAUCAUGAUGACAGCAUUCACAUGUGGUAUGGAUGAUUUGCGAUUGACUGAAGAUGGUAAUACCUGGAGAAAGGACAUCUUGAAGCAAUCUGUUGAUGUAGGUAGACAAGCAGCUACUGAAGUGACAAACUUGGAAGAGGAUACAGCCAAUGACAACAAAGAGUUGAGGAGAAGAUUGGAAGAAAUUUUGCGUGAUGAUGACAAGUUGGGUAUUUUAGAUGCCAUUACUCAAUCUAAAGUGAAUGCCAUCACUUCUCAAGUUGUUUCCAAGUGUGUUCCUGAAGGUACCAUGAAGAAGUUCCCGUACAAUUCCAUGCAAGCAAUGGCGUUAUCUGGUGCCAAGGGUUCGAAUGUUAAUGUGUCGCAAAUCAUGUGUCUUUUGGGACAACAAGCAUUGGAAGGUAGAAGAGUACCAGUUAUGGUUUCAGGUAAGACAUUACCCUCAUUCAAGGCAUUUGAAACUGACGCCAGAGCCGGUGGAUAUAUCAAACAACGUUUCUACUCUGGUAUUAGACCACAAGAAUACUAUUUCCAUUGUAUGGCUGGUAGAGAAGGUUUGAUCGAUACUGCCGUCAAGACGUCAAGAUCUGGAUACUUGCAACGUUGUUUGACCAAGCAAUUGGAAGGUGUGCAUGUUAACUAUGACAACUCGGUUAGAGAUGGAGAUGGAACCUUGAUUCAAUUCCUUUAUGGUGGUGAUUCGAUUGACACUACCAAGCAAUCACACAUGAAUCAAUUUGAAUUUUGUUUGGAAAACUAUGAUGCGCUAUUGGCCAAGUAUAACCCUGGAGAAAUGGUAGAGAAUUUGGACACAUCCAAAGCGUUGUCAUACUCAAAGAAGGUGCGUAAGUCAAUGAAGAAACAAAAGGACGUCCCUCAUUAUGAGCAAGAGAUCAAAUAUGAUCCAGUAAUUAACACAUACAACCCUGCCAAGUAUCUUGGUUCGGUAUCGGAAAAGUUUCAAGAGAAGAUGGACAAGUUUGUUGCUGAUCAUCCCGAAUUGUUUGCUCAAUCUAAAGAAGAAGCUAAAUCUACUGGUAAAUUAACCGAAAAGAAAUUUAGAGCCUUGAUGCAAUUGAAAUAUAUGAGGUCUUUGGUUAACCCUGGUGAAUCUGUUGGUAUUAUUGCUUCGCAGUCUAUUGGAGAGCCAUCAACACAAAUGACAUUAAAUACGUUCCAUUUCGCCGGCCAUGGUGCAGCCAAUGUUACUUUGGGUAUUCCACGUAUGAGAGAAAUCAUCAUGACGGCAUCAGCCGCAAUCAAGACACCACAAAUGACGUUGCCAAUCUUGCCUGACGUCAGUGAUAAACAAGCUGAUGCAUUCUGUAAAUCAAUUGCCAAGGUUGUAAUGUCGGAAUUUGUCGAUAGUGUUACUGUUACUGAAACCACAUCGCAAGAUGAAGAUGGAUCGAAUAGUAGGUCAUAUGUGAUUAAGUUGGGAUUCUAUACCAAAGAUGAAUACGAAGCUGAAUACGACAUUAGUCAAGAGCAAUUGGAAAAUGUGGUUACUCAAACUUUCAUUCAUGAUUUGGAAACACAAAUUGUUAAAGAGGUGAAGAAGCAAAAGAAACCCGAUUAUAUGCCUACAGUUGGGAAAUCUGCUGGAAAGACCGACAUGGAAAGUGUUAGUGGGAAGAUUAAAGAGUUGAGUGAUGAUGAGGACGAUGUAGAUGAGGAGGAAGAUGGAGCAGAUUUGGAAGAACUGAAACAAAAGGCUAAACAACAAGUAUCAUAUGAAGGACCCGAUGAUGAUGAAAUUGAGACAAUGAAACGUGCUGAAGAAACGAGCGAUGAAGAAAUGGAAGAUGCAGAAAAGAGCGACGAGUCAUCUGACAACGACAGCGAAAGCGAUAGUGAUGAAGAUGCAGAAGAUUCUGAUGGAGAUAUAAAUAUGGAUAACAAACCAGAAUUGUCGCGUUUAGCCAAAGACCGUCAAGCUGAAGUUAUUGCACAACACAAUAUGGUUACCCAGUUCAAUUUUGACGAUGAAAACGGUGAAUGGUGUCAAUUUAAACUUGAGUUGAAUGGUAACGAAACGCAAAAGUUAUUGAUGGUCAAUAUUGUUGAAGAUCUUUUGCGUAAAACAGUUGUUCGUCAAAUCCCUCAUAUUGGAAGAUGUUUACGUCCUGACCCAGAUGCACUGGGCAAGCGAAUCUUAACCACGGAGGGAGUCAAUUUCAAAGCCAUGUGGGAACAAGAUGACUUUAUUGAAGUUAACGCCCUCACUUCGAAUGACAUUGCUUCGGUAUUGCGCACAUAUGGGGUUGAAGCAGCUAGAAAUACCAUUGUCAAUGAAAUUUACCGAGUGUUCGAUACUUACGGUAUUAGUGUCUCAUCACGUCACUUGGAUUUGAUUGCCGACAUGAUGACGCGUGAAGGUACUUACUUGGCCUUCAAUAGACAAGGUAUUGACAGUUCAACAUCAAGUUUUAUGAAGAUGUCGUAUGAAACUACUUGUCAGUUCUUGACGAAGGCGGUCUUGGAUGGUGAUCGAGAGGAAUUGGAGAGUCCUUCUGCCAAGAUUGUUAUGGGUAAAUUGGCAAAUGUUGGUACUGGCUCAUUUGACAUUUUUGCAGAAAUGCCUAAAAUUGAAAACUAA